ACACAUGAUACUAGGUGCAAAACGACAUAAACAUAUGACAUAUAAUACAUACAAUUGCUCAAAUAAUUUCUAACAAGCCAAGUAUGCAGUCUCCCUCCAGUUCAUGCCGCCCUGUUCCUCUAAUAAUUUUCUACCUGCUCGUUUUGAUGUCUAACUUUGCUGAAGCCCGAAGAAGCUUGACGGGCCGGAUCAUCCCAGGCCCGGUUACCCAUAACGUUUCAGACGUUCCUGCAUUAUUCGUGUUUGGCGAUUCUACAGUUGACGCCGGCAACAAUAACUUCAUCAAAACCAUUACUAAAAGCAACUUUCCUCCUUAUGGCAGAGACUUCCCUAACCACAUUCCCACCGGACGGUUUACAAACGGCCGUCUCGUCACCGAUUUUUUGGCUGCAUACGUGGGCAUCAAAGAAUAUGUACCGGCGUACUUGGACCCAACCUUCGGCUUAGAUCAUCAAUUAAAGACCGGAGUUUGUUUUGCUUCUGCUGGAACCGGGUUCGACCCGCUUACUGCUCAAUUAAGCGGUGUAAUACCUAUAGAAAGGCAACUGGGGUAUUUUAAAGAGUACAAAGCCAAAAUGGAGGGCAAGAUUGGGAAGGAGAGGACCACAGAUAUGAUAAACAAGGGCUUGUUCGUAAUAAGUGCAGGCACCAAUGAUUUUAUCUUGAACUAUUUUGGUCCACCUAUUCGAAGCCAAACCUACUCCAUUUCUACUUACCAGGAUUUCUUACUUCAAAUUGCCCAACGCCUCUUGCAGGGUCUACUGGAGAUGGGUGCGCGGAGGAUUGGUUUUGUGGGGCUACCACCAGUUGGAUGCUUGCCAGCUGUCAUCACCGCCAACUCUCUCGACGCCUUCACGAAACGCGGCUGCAUCGAACGGCUGUCCUCCGUCGCGCGUGAUUACAACCGCUUGCUCCAGAGCAAACUGAAGAAGUCAACGCAAAGUCACGGUGCUAAAAUUGUUUACAUCGACAUAUACAACCCGAUUGAGGACAUGGUCAAAAACCCUCAGCAAUUCGGUUUGGAGAAAGUGAACAAGGGUUGCUGUGGAAGUGGAAUAAUAGAGACAGCAAUUUUGUGCAAUCCGUACUCUGUAAUUUGCUCCGACGAGUCAAAGUAUGUGUUCUGGGACGCCGUUCACCCAACUGAAGCUGCUUACUUUCAUAUCUUUCAGUCAGUUCGUCCGGCGAUUGAUCAGAUUUUUAUUUAACCAACCAUUCCAUUUCCACCUUAAUUAUUACAUAUAUUUAUUUUCAUUAUGAAUUGUUUGUACUAAUUCUCGACCCAUGUCAUUUUCUUUUACUUAUAACUUAUAUUCUUCUAUCUUUGUCAA